AUGUUCCUAACUACUAGACUUGGCGUCUAUCCAAUACGUAUCGGUUCGCGUAGGCUUAGGACUCGGAAUGGUCUUAAGCUGGAGGUAAGGUAUCAAGUAUUCGUUGUCGUAUUAUCGGUCGAAAGAAGAAGAAGUUUUGAGGGUAAUCGAAUAGAUCAUGUCGGAACCUAUCAGAGCAACGAUCAAAGUUUUAGUCGAAGAACUCCACAAGUGUAUCGAGAUAUUGAGAGCCAUAGAGCCAUAGAUGCUGAAGAAACGUCAGAUACCGAGACAAAAGUAGAGGAGUUGGAGGAACUUAAGCAGAGGAUGAUGAAAAUCUAUGCGAAGAUUGAGAGGGAAAAGCAAGAAUGGAGUCAAUUGUUGACUACUGGAGUAGAUUUUAUCAACCAGGUUGAUGAAGGUGAAGUUGUCAUCGAAAGAAUGUUCACCCGUUUAGGUAAAUUGAGAGGGAAGGUAGAAGAGAAAGACAAACAAGAAAUGUUACAACAGUUUGAAGAAAGGUUUGGUGAAGAAGAAUUGAAUCAACAUGCGGUAUAUCAACAGUUAAGAAAUAUUCCCAGAGCUGUAGAAGCGGUUGCAAGCCUACGAGUGACAGUGGAGGAAAUUGACAAAACUCUGCAGCAAGCCAGGGGCGUCGAGGGUAUGAUCGAUCAAACAGCUAUUGUAAUGAUCCUACAAGAUAAGGUUCCUAAAGAUAUUGCACUUGAGAUCGUACGCGCGAAAUUGAAUAUGCGAAAAAGAGUGGAGCUUAGAGAAGUUAAUGAAACGGUAGACACUACUCGCGGAAGAGAGGUGGUACGGAGACAGACUUCAUGUCAAGUGGCAGAACCAGCAAUCGGAAGGAUUAAGAUUAAAAGACCAUGUUUAUUUUGUAAAGAGGAGCAUCUCAAUAGUGAGUGCAAGAAGUAUAAUGCACUAGAACAACGAAAGAGACGCGCUUAUGAGCUAGGACUGUGCAUUAAGUGCUUAAGACCUAAUCAUAGGUUUGGCAAUAGACAGAGAGAAAUGAAUUUUCCUACGACGCAAAUAAAAAAGGAAAACGCACAAGUGGCUACUCUUAGGGUAAAGAACGUCGACACCGAAGCCACAACGAUGCUAUUUACCGAAAGCGGAAUGGAUGUACAACUGAAGGACAGACAGUACGAACGGUUGAAUUUAAGUGUAAUUCAGAAAAUGAAUACGUUGCUGAAGAUGAGGUAUGAGAACAGUUUGGGAAAGUCGGUUCAGAGGAAAGUGGUGAAGCCUGAUAUUCUCAUAGGAGUAGACUAUUAUUGGAACCUUACAGAAUUAGGCCUCAGGAAGACUUUGGAGAGGCUGUUUUUAAUCCCGACGAGACUCGGAGAAGUGUUAUUGGGAAAAGGAGAUAUUGGAGAAGAAAGUGAGAAGGACGAAGAUAACGUACUUGCAUGUUGUAUAAAAACGGAAGAUAUAGAAACGUUCCGGGACCUGGAAACUUUGGGAAGCAAAGACUCGCCCGUUUUGAAUGAUGAUGAUAAAGUCCUGACACACUCUCAUGAAACUUCAAAAUUCAAAAGUAAUUGUUACAGCGUGAAUUGA